CUUUAUGGUUUUUAGAGAGUCUCGCACUUCUUUUUGUUAACAUCCGGUUCGGAAAAUCUAAAAGGAAAACACGUAAACAUUCAACUAAAACAGAUAAAUUAAAAAAAGAAAAAUGUUUAGUCCAGUGGAAACCAAAGAUGGGAAAGAAUCCAUUGUGGAUGAUUUCAUGUAUGGAUCUAAUGUGGCAACAGCUCAUGUUUAUGUCCGUAUGGGAUUUCUAAGGAAAGUGUAUGGAAUUUUAUCAGCACAGAUUUUACUAAGUACAAUAGUAGCCGGUGUCAUUUAUUCCAGUGAGACAGCCACUACAUUUGUUCAAACAAAUAACUGGAUGUUGUUGGUUGCCUUGAUUGGUUCACUCGGUUUGAUCUUUGCAUUGAUGGUUUACAGACAUCAGACACCCACCAACUAUAUCCUUUUGACAGUUUUUACUUUGAUGGAAGCUUAUAGUGUAGGAGUAGUUGUCACAUUUUAUGAAGUUCAGUCUGUUAUUGAAGCUUUUAUGUUGACGUUUGCUGUGACAGCUGGCCUGACGAUAUAUACACUUCAAAGCAAGAGGGAUUUCAGCUCAAUGGGAGCAGGGUUAUUUGCAGCUUUAAUGAUUUUGAUCAUAGCUGGCAUGAUGCAGAUUUUUUUCCCAUCACCAAUAAUGGACAAAGCCAUUGGUAUUGGAGGUGCUUUGGUCUUCUCACUCUUCAUCAUUUUUGAUACCCACAUGCUGAUGCACAAACACAGCCCAGAGGAAUAUAUUGUUGCAUCUGUCAACCUGUAUCUGGAUAUCCUUAACCUCUUCUUGCACAUCCUCAGAGCCAUUGGAGAGAAAAAAUAACGCUGUUACUUUUUUUUGGAUGAUAUUUUACCAUUUUAGAAAAUAUUUUGUAUCAAAAAUGGAUUUUUUUUAGGAUAAAAUCAUGUUGUUUUUACUGUAUAAAUGAUAAGUUUGGAUAUACUUUAUGAAAUUGUUAUUCCUUAAAAUGAUACAUGUAUAUGAUUAUUAAAGGCAAUUAAUUGUUUUAGUUAAGAGUCAAUUGAAUAAUUUAAACCUCAAAGUAAAACAACAACAGAAAAUUUUGACUUUUAUAACCUCAACAAUUUCAUUUUUGUUUGUUUUCAAGAUCAAUUUAUUUAUUUAUUUUGUUUAAAUUGAAUUAAAUGGAGACCAAAAAUAUAUAGGGGGAAAAACUGUUGUAAUGUUGUAUAUACUGUCGUUGAUUUUAAAAAUUCUAUUGAGUUACUUUAUAGUUAACAUUGUUAAUAGUGUAUUAUAACUUUAAACAUUGAAUAUGCCUAAUAAAACUAUUUCUACCGUUCAAAUGGUCUUAAGUCAGAUAUUUAAACAUUAUUUAAUAUUUUAAAAUAAUUUUUUUUGAAAGAGCUUUAGAAAAGGACAAGAAUGUUUAAAAUACAAAUUUUGCUUUUUAAAUAUACAUGUUUUGAAUAAUUUGCAGUCUUUUUUAAAAUCAAGAUAACUUUGAAAUGAACCUGCACGAAAAAAAAAUAUAAAAAAAUGCUUUCAUAAUUAUAUCUGCCUUGCAGCUUGUAGGUACAAAAUGCUCUAAAAGGUGCCAUCAUUGAAUUCAUAUAAUCAUUUGGUGUAUGUAUUCAUUUAAAUUGUAUGACCUCAUGUUUAUUAUCUAUGUUAUCAAUUGCUUUUCUUUUUAUAUCACAUGAAAACAGUUAAUGUACUGAGUUUUCCUGAAUAUAAGGAUUGUUUAGAUACUUGCUAUCAUAAGACAAUGGCAGUUUGGAAAUGAAAAUCUCCACAUUUGUAGAAAUUUCUCUAGCUGAACAAUUUAGAUAAAAAAAAAUAAUUUUGUAAUGAAAAUGUACCAAGUUAGAAUUCCAGCUGAAACUGUGAAGUUUCAGGGUUGCAUUUAUAACAUUUGUUUGUUACGGUCAAAUUUUUGUAACAUGUUGAAUGUUGUGGAACUUUUUUAUGUGUUGUCAUAGAAACCAACAGUCAUGUAUUCAGAUUUUUAAUGUCAGAUCAUCAAAUGAGCAGUGUCAGAUAGAAAUCAACCUUAUGUAAAUGAGUAUCAACAAAACUCUUCACCGACGUUGGGAUAAACAAAUCUAUAGGAAAAGUCUGUAACUGUUUGAAGACUUUGUUGUUAUAAGAACUCUACAAAACACACCAAAAUUCAACUUCUGUUUUGUAUUUAAAUGUUCCAAAAUCAACCAAAGUCUUAUGUAUACAUGUACAUGUAUAUGUUAACAUGUACAUGUAUAUGUGCACUUGCAUAAGGUAGAUUUAUAUACUACGCAGCUCAAAUGUAAACAGAAACAAGUUUGUAGUUGUAUCUUAAGGUGGUACCUAAUAUUACAGGGAGAUAACUCUGUAAAGUCAGCUUAAUGUUUUAAUUACGUUGUGUUUUUAAAGGAAUAUUAAGCGUCUCAAAGAUCAAAAUUAGUGUUUGUCAAACUGCUAUAUAACCAGUGUAAUUUUCUGAUAAAAUGGUUGGUUCAAAUUUUUUGAAAUUUUUAUAAUUUUGUCCAAGGGUCAAAGUAAAUACUAUGUCAAAAUUUUAUGAAAAUUAAUGAGCCAAAUUAAUUUUAGUUAAAGUGUUAGGUACCACCUUAAAUAAAGUGAAGUGUGAAAUGAUACUGCAUCUGCAGUUGAUGUGCCAUGUUACAUGAUGUAAAGGCAUCACAUAGAUUUUCUUAUUACUGAUAUGAUACAUGUGAGAUAUUAAAUUUAAGCAUAUUGUACUCUAGAUAUUACUAACCAUAAAAGGUGAUCUCACAGCUUUAUGACAUCUUUCCAAUAUAAAUUCAUUAGGUAAAAGUUUCAUGGUUUUAUUUUAAUUUCAGUUUUGUCAUGCUGUAAAUAUGGCAAGAGGUUUUCUUUCUGCAAUGUUAGAAAAUUGAUUGUAUGAAUUAAAUUAAAACUGCAAGUCAGUGUAAAACUUGUGAUAUUUUAUGUAUUUAAUCCAGAGAUAUUGAUAUAUCUUAAAUAUUAGUUGAAAGAUUUAUACAUUUGUGCAAUUUUCCAUGCAAAUAAUAUAAUUAAAAUUUUGUGAUAUAAAAAUGUAUAAUGAUUGAAAGAUCUCAAAACUUGAUUUUCAAUUGUCACCUACAAUAUCAUAAUACACCAAGAAACAGGUUUGAUUUAGACCAAUAAGUAUUUUAAAGCUAUUUGUUUAGCAUUGUUUUGGCACACUGUGUUAUCCAUUGGGUCAAUAUUUUGAUUUUAGUACUAUUUUUCAUUUGGUUGGAACUUUGAAAUUGGUGUUUUGCAAUCAUUAACGAUUCUGUUCAAUGAGUUCCAUUUAUAAGAACACAUUUUUUAAAUGAAAACUAUAAUUUAAAAAUUAAAUUUAUCAUGCAAGUUUUUGGUAUCAAAAUGUAAAAUUGAAUGUCUUGUAAUUCUACAUCAAAUCAUGAGAUGGUAUUGGUACAUAAUAUUAUUGUUGAUCAGUUUUAUGUGUAUUUAUGUUUACUAAUGUUUGUGCACUUGUACAAUCACAUCAUGAAAGGAAAAUAAUAAAUAUAAUUUCCAAUA